AUGGCUUAUGAUUUAGGAUUUGUUGUGGUAAUAGUAAGAUCUGACAUAGCUACUGGUGUACGAGGAAGAAAAACGUUCGUCAUACUUAGAUGUGAAAGAGGGGGAAAAUAUAGGAGAUACAAAGCUGAUGCUGUGGCUAGUGUAUACGACACUCGUAAAUGUGAAUGUCCGUUUAGAUUAAAGGGUAAACCAUGUUUAAAUGGGGCUGGAUGGGUGUUGAAGGUGAUGUGUGGACAUCACAACCAUGAGUUGGCUGAAACUUUAGUUGGUCACCCUUAUGCUGGCAGGUUAAAUACGAGUGAGAAGUCAUUACUGGUUGAUAUGAUAAAGAGUAAAGUUACACCUGCAAAUAUUUUAUUAACACUCAAACAAAAUAAUGAUCGAAAUGUCACAACGAUUAAACAAAUCUACAACGCAAGGCAUGCAUAUAAUCGAUCAUUAAGAGGGUCCAGAACUGAACUACAACAACUUAUGAUGUUGUUGGAUCGGGAUAAGUACAUUCACUGGAGUAGGUGUGCUGAUGAUUCAGAGGUUGUUACUGACUUAUAUAGACUUCCGUUGCUUGAGAUUGUGGGUAUGACGUCUACAGGGUUAACCUUCUCAACAACAUUUGCUUUCUUGUCUACUGAAAGGCAGAGUAAUUUCACAUGGGCUUUGGAAAAGCUGAAAGGUUUAUUUUUAACAUCUGAGGGUGGUCCUAAAGUCGUUGUCACUGACCGAUACUUGGCUUUGAUGAAUGCCAUAGCAAAUGUAUUCCCUGAGCCAUAUUAG